ACACAAUCUACAUUGUCAUAUACAAAUUUCAAAGGCUUUCUAUGACCAUCUUUGAUUAAUGACUAACAAACACGUACUUCCUAAUCCGCUGGACAGUGUUUCCCAAACUGUGUUACGUGGAACCCUAGUGGUACAUGAGGCCUAACUAGCUGUUCCACAAACUACUGGAAGAAUUCACAAGUAUGUAACCACUGGAAGGAAUCUCUCUAAACAAAAAUAAUCAAAGUGUUCCGUUAAAUACUCAAAAUGUGUGAUGUGUUCCGUUAAGGAAAAUGUUUGGGAAACACUGCGUUAGGGAAAACUUGUUGAUAAGAUGGUCAGCUAAAACAGUUAUGAAGCUUCCGAAGCUGUUUCGUCUCUAAGUUACAGCCAGAAUGAAGUUCAGUGAUGUGAAUGAAGGCAAGGAGCGCCCAACAAAUCUUAGAGUCAGACUUUCUUACUGCUAUCAGCCGGCAAACGCUCACAGAAGAGCUCAAAACAUGCCGGAGACGACCGUGGCCAAAAAAAUGGCCAUCGCCUUACCCCAGGUCAUCCGAGGUUACCCUGGUCAGUUCAUGAUUAAAAGGCCAGACACUGCGGACAGCGAUGAUAACAUGGAGUCUGACCAGUGGCAGGAUUACUCUGCCACCUACAGGCACAUUCUGCCGUCCCCACGUGUCAACACUGCCAAGGACUGGCUAAACUUUUCAGACAAGGAUUACGUCAUGCCGUCGCACGUGCGGGACAUCUUGUUGUCAGAGGGCGUUGGCAGCACCACUGUGGAUUCGUGGCUCCAGAACAGAGAGGGGCGCCACAAGCGAGCACAGGCCAUGCAACAUUAUGAGUCACUUCGACCCAGAAGAGAAAGUCGAGUGAGGCCGUUGCCACCUCUUCAUAAGAACACACCACUGGUCUCACAGCACACCUCCACCAGGGUAACCUCGUAUGUGCCCUCUACUGAACCUUUAGUAUCCAGUGUAGAGACAAUAGACGCGCAGACAGUGGUUAAGAUUAACACUUCAAUACUAGAUACACAAAACUUGUCAGGUUCAACUCAUGAAGAAGUCACAAGUCAGUCACCUCAACUACAACAAUUACGUGAGCCUGACCAGAAGUGGCUGACAGAACAAAAUCAGGAGCGACAACUUAUGCAGGGCACAACAAGACCCAGACUCGUGAUUAUUUCAUCGAAAGUGUCAAGAUGUAUUUCCAUGACAAGGGCUGUGAAAAAAGACGGACAUGUUCUAUUUGUAGUCUAUGAUUUCGAGACGUGGAGUUUUAAUGAAAUUAUAAGUGAAUGCCAGUUCAAACUAGAUGACUACAUGCGAGGAUGCAGGGCGCAAUCGAUCCUCAUCUUUUGUAAUGGGGGACCAGGCUAUAUGUAUUUAUUGAAACAUUAUGUAUUGACUUCACAGAAGAUCUUUCAGCCACAAUACCACAGAGCCAGAGAAUUCUGGCAUUGUCUGGGACAGCUCAUAAGUAAACUUACGCCAGAAAGUGCGUGCAUCCAUGUGAUUGGUUGUCAAUUGCAAGGAACAAAGCAAGCAGAACUGUUGAAAACUUGUCUGGAUCAAGUCAUAGAACCAAACAGAGUGAAGAUUGAAUCUAUCAGUGAAGAUGAUGCUGACGGUAGAACUAAGAUUGGCUUCUACUUCAACUAUAGAAAGUAUCUGCUGUGGCGUUGUAAGUCUGAUGUCACACAGCCAGCUGUAAACAAGUACUUCAUCUACAACAGUUUGGACCCGGGCAGUGAGGACACACUGGAGUGACAAGAAAACUAACAAAGUACACAACUGAACAACGAGAUAACAAACAAACAACAACAACAACAAUACCAUACAUAUAUAUAUAUAUAUAUGUGCGAUUCAUAACUCUCCGUUCUUAAAACUAAAAACAAAACGCACCUAAGAGAAUGAACAUCGUGUUAUUUGCACCGUUCAAAUCUCCUGGCCUGACCGUUUAAACGGCUAUUUCAUACGAUCUUGGUGUAACCUUUAGCAUCAGACGUAGUAUGUCACUGUUUUAUAUCAAAACCUGUUGUCCUUCAUUGGAAAUGACGAAUCAACAUUGGUAUCAACACGAUGGUACCCCGCCUCAUUUCAUUGUUUCAGCACGACUAUGGCUUGAUCAACAUUUUUCACAGCGUUGUAUCGGUCGAGGAAGACUAUGGGAUAGCCACAUCUUCACCCCUCACAAUAUUGUGUUUUUUUUUGUUGUUUUUUUUUAGACGGAGACUUCAG